CCAUGGCAGCGUCGUCACGGAUGUCACAUCUAGGGUAACGAUGGAGGAACGAACAACGCAGUGCAGUGGCCAAAUACAAUAAAAUAACGUGCAAAAUUAGCGAUAAGUGGUGUUUUCCCCAUCAUAGAAGCAGAUAUUGAUUCGCCGAACAUAAAAUGUUUGUUAAAUACGAUGAAUAACCAGAAAAUCGUGCUUAAUGAAAAAUAACCGCUAGCUCAAAGCUAACUGUAACGUCUUGAUACAAAACAUUUUGCCGCGAUAUGAACAUAUAACGUUUCCUUUUUUUCUGAGAAAUUGAGAAACAUGUUCACGGAUGAAACGCUUGGUUUAAUUGGUGCUGAAUCGACAUGGAGAAAGUCACAUCAGCAAACACAAGAAUCAAGAAGCUGUCAAACUCUUCCAGUUCACACAGCAGAGGCUGAAACACGAGCCAAAGAUGUGUUAGACAACAGCACCCAGACACAAGACCAGAUCAGUCAAACACUUUCCCUAGAUCAAGACAUAUCUCACUUUCCUGGUCUGCUGGACUUCUUGCAUAGAGCUGAAGACAUAAUUCUCAAAGAACUGGUGAAAAACUCCAAGAGUCAUGCUUUUGAUGGGUUUGAAGUGAACUGGGAGGAUCAGAAUGAGUCGGUGUCCUGCAUGUACCGUCUUCAGCAUGUUGAUGCUCUUGAGAGGGGUCUGCAAGUCACCAGUGUGUCCUGGAACUGCACCGGCUCGGUCAUAGGCUGUGGAUUUGGCCGUGAGGAUGAUGGUGAUUGGAGCAAUGAGAAGGCUUAUGUGUGCAUGUGGAACCUGGAUCGACAGAACCUGAACCCAAAACGGCCGGAUGUGAUCAUAGACGUGGCCACUCCAGUCAUGUGUCUGUGCUUCCAUCCUCUGAAACCGUCUGUAGUGGCUGGGGGGCUGUACAGUGGUGAGGUGCUGGUCUGGGACACCAGCCGCUCACAGGACCUCAUUCUGGCUCAGACAGGAAUGUCUGCAGAUACUCACCGUGAACCAGUUUAUCAGGUCAGCUGGGUCUCAGGGGCUCGCAGAGGGGAGUUUACGGUACUGAGCGCUGGGUCAGGAGGAAGAGUUCUGUUGUGGACUGUUGAUGGAGCCGAAGCCAAACUCAUCUUGAGUUCUGGAUAUGCUCUUGUCCAACAGCAAGUGCCUCAGAGUGGAGCAGCAAGCAAAACCCGAGGUAGCACCAAUAUAGGAGUAACCUCUGUUGCACUUUCCCCGUGGGACCUCGACACAUUCUUGGUGGGCUCAGAGGGAGGCCUUGUGCUCAAAUGCUCCUUCAACAGUGAGACAGUGGCAGCAGUGCCCCCUGAUGGUGAGAGCGUGACACUGCGGGCCCCAGUACAAUUCUCUUUCUCACCACGAGGGGGCCCAGUACACUCAGUCCACUUCUCACCAUUUCAUAGGAACCUGUUUGUAAGUGUUGGGACAGAUGGUUUGGCUCAUUUGCACACUGUGCUCCAGCCCCGUCCCCUGCUGUCUCUACGGGUGUCCGAUUCAUAUGUGUUUGGGGUGAGGUGGUCACCUACACGCCCUCUAGUCUUUGCUGCAGCCACAGGACAGGGACUGGUUCAAAUGUUUGAUUUGGGUCGAAGGUCUUUAAGGCCAGUUGCCACAAUUGACCAGGACACAAGCAGUCAGCCUACGUAUUGCCUGGAGUUCAACCCCAAACACACAAAUCUGAUGGCAGUGGGCAAUGCAGAUGGUAGCGUCAACAUCUGGCAGCUCAGUGGCGAGUUAACGGAACAAGGUGCCAAGGAGACUGCAAUGCUGGAACAGCUGGCCAAUGAGGUGGCAGACUGAGUCUGUUUUAACUUUGUCAUUUGAAACUGUCCUGCUUGAGUGUUCUUAAAACACAUUUAUAUAUUCAUUGUGUGUAUAUAUAUAUAUAUAUAUAUAUAUAU